UAUGGAAACAUUACAGGAAGCCGCGAAGCAAAUAUUAUCUUAGUUUCUGUGACAAAAAUCGAGUACCAGUAUUGACUUUUCAUCACUGGUCAAAAACUAAAGAACGACGAAGGUGCGUUCCACCUUCUUUCCGUGUUCUCUUAAGGACAUUCAAUGGAGAAUGUGCCCUGCAAAUUUUGCUAUUCAGACAUCUCCGAAGAUGAUUUCUUCUUCUUCUUCUUCUUCUUCUUGGCAUUCCAUAUACGAUGUCUUUCCGAGCUUCAGUGGCGAAGAUGUCCGAAGAACCUUUCUGUCCCACGUUCACGAAGAGUUCGAACGGAAAGGAAUCUUUACGUUCAAGGACAAUGGAAUAGCGAGGAGUCGAUCCAUCGGCCCUGAACUUGAACGAGCCAUCCGAGAGUCGAGGAUUGCGAUCGUCGUUCUCUCCAGGAACUACGCUUCCUCGAGCUGGUGCUUGAACGAGCUGCUUCAGAUCAUGGAGCAGAGGAGAAGCGCUGGGCAGACGGUCAUGACAGUUUUCCACCAACUGGAUCCAUCUGAUGUAAGGAAGCAGAUCGGAGAAUUCGGAAAGGCUUUCAAGAAAACUUGUGUCGGCAAAUCAUCGGAGGAUAAGCAAAGAUGGAAGAAUGCUCUAACCGAGGUUUCCAACAUAGCCGGAGAGCAUUCAGAGAAAUGGGAUAGCGAAGCAGACAUGAUAAAAAAAAUCGCCACUGAUGUUUCGAAGCUGCUGAAUUCUACACUUUCGAGAGAUUUCGAAGACAUAAUCGGAAUCGAAUCUCAUAUGCAAAAGAUGAUUUCAUUGCUGGGUCUGGAAUCCAACGAAGUUAGAUUUGUGGGGAUAUGGGGACCUGCAGGCAUUGGUAAGACCACCAUCGCCAGAGCUUUAUUCAACCGAUUGUCUACCAGCUUUGGGCUUACUUAUUUCAUGCCAAACGUCAAGGGAACUUACAAGAGAACCAUGCUUGAUGAAUACGGCUCAAAACUAUAUCUACAGCAGCAUCUUCUUUCUGGAAUCUUUGACCAGAAGGAUCUGAGGAUACACCACUUAGGCGUAGCCCCGGAAAGGCUGAGGCGUCACAAAGUGUUUCUGGUUCUUGACGAUGUGGACAGAAGAGGGCAAUUAGAAGCAUUGGCCAAGAAUCCACAGUGGUUUGGCUCUGGCAGUAGGAUUAUCGUCACUACUGAAAACAAACAACUUUUAAGAGCUCAUUGGAUCAACCAUGUAUACCAAGUGCCUUUCCCGUCCAAUUCCGAAGCACUUCAGAUCUUUUCUCAGCAUGCGUUCGGACAAAGCUUUCCCCCAUCUGAAUUUUAUAACAUAGCUGUUCAAGUUACUCAACUUGCCGGUGAUCUUCCUCUGGGUCUUAGCGUCUUGGGUUCAUCUCUACGAGGAAGGUCACUGGAUGAGUGGAGUCACGCUUUGCACAGGCUCAGAAGCAGCCUCGACGGCGACAUCGAGGAAGUACUGAGAGUUGGGUUUGAUUGUUUAUCUGAUAAAGAUAAAUCCAUAUUCCUUCACAUUGCAUGCCUCUUCAACAAUAGACCUAUCGAUUUCAUAUUCGACAUGUUGGCAAACAGUGGCUUGGACGUCAAGUUCGGGCUUAACGUCCUGGCCGAGAGGUCCCUCAUACAAAUACACGAGGAUGGAUCCAUAACGAUGAAUAAGUUACUGCAACAAAUGGGUGAAGAAAUCGUUUACAGACAAUCAAGGGACGAUCCCGGGAAACGCCAGUUUCUAUUGGAUGCUACCGAUAUCUACGACGUACUUACCAAUGAAACGCAUGCAGAAUCUGUUUUAGGUAUAUUGCUAGACGUACAGAGCGUAGCUUAUAUAAGCGGCAAGGCGUUUGAAAGGAUACCAAAUGCGCAGUUCAUAUGUAUUGACGACGAUGAGUAUAGAGGGGAUUUGUAUGUAACCGAGGCCUUGAGCUAUCUGCCCAGCAAGCUGAGAUUGCUGGAGUGGACUGAUUGUCCCUUGGAAUCCCUGCCGCCGACGUUUUGCCCUGAAUUCCUUGUUAGAAUCGACCUGCCGCGCAGUAAUCUCGUGAGGCUGUGGGACGGAGUACAACCCCUUGGCAAUCUCAAGUACAUGAACUUGAGACGUUCUUCUAAACUAAGAGGAGUUCCGGACCUUUCAAGGGCGACGAAUCUCAAGACAUUGGUUCUUGCUUUCUGCAGAAGUUUAACCACGCUUCCCUCGUCUCUCUGGGGACUCUGCAAACUCGAGCUUCUGGACGUCCGUGGAUGCCCGAGGCUAUCGGAAAUUCCUGCCAACGCGAACCCAAACUCUCUCCGCAUCCUCGACACACUCGUACCUAUUGAAUUGUCUCUGUGUCCAGUUAACAAAAAGUUCUGAAAAGUAGGGGUUUAUCACCGCUUAUA